AUGAUAUCCGCAAGAAGUUCAUCCGUGUCCAUAUGCCUGGCGGCUAAGAGGGUCCGCGAUAAUUCGUCCGACCACAAUCCUAAUAAUAUUUGUUCUUUGGUGUCUGCGAAUUCUAAAUCUAACACUCCGACAACGGCGACAAGUACACCAGAAAAUGAUCAAAAUAUUGAUAAUCCUACAACAUCAAGUGCUUUUAACGACAUUAUUUUAAUUUCGGAGACUGCAGAUAAUUCUAGUGCUGAUAUUCACAACAAUGUAGCUUAUUCCGGAGACACAUUUAAUGAUGAUCUAGGUGAUUUAGUAUCUGGACCGAAUAGACCAAUACAAAAGGAAUAUCCAAAAUCAAAAUUUGGUUCACAAAAUCGCGCAUUUUCAUCUUCUUAUUAUGCUAAUUUUGAGUGGUUAGAGUAUAGUAUCAAGAAAAAUGCUGUAUUUUGUUAUGCUUGCCGCAUGUUUGCAAACAAUUUUGGUUAUACUGAAGAUACAUUUAUCAAAACUGGGUUUAAUAAUUGGAAAAAAAUAUCUUCAAAAUUAGCGUCUCAUGCUGGUACUAAAAUACAUGUACAAAGUACUGUAAGAUUGUCUGAAUAUGUAUUCAGUAAAAAGUCAGGGUCUGUUUUAUCAAAAAUGUGUACAGCCAAUAAAGUUUUAAUAGAAAAAAAUAGAAAAUAUGUAUCUCAGUUAAUAGAUAUAGUUUUAUACCUGAGCAAACAAGGAAUUGCAUUUAGAGGUCACGAAGAAUCAUUUAAAUCAACAAAUAAAGGAAAUUUUAAAGAAAUGUGUGAACUAUUUGCCAAACACCUUCCAAGUUUCAACGAAAUACAUGAGAGAAAAAUAAACUUAACUAGUUGGCAAAUUCAAGAAGAUAUAAUUGACAUCUGUGCAAACUUAGUAAACAAAGAAAUAUUUAAACAGAUAACGGAAACGGGUUUUUUUGCAAUAAUGUGUGAUGAAGCAAGAUGUUUUAAAGAAGAGCAGCUUUCAAUUUGUGUGAGAUAUUCAGUUAAAUUUCAAGUUUUUGAACGCUUUUUGGGAUUUGUAAAUGUAUCAACUGGGCAAGACGCUAGUCACAUAGUUUCAGCCAUAUUUUAUUUUUUUGAAAAGCAUAAAGUUGAUAUGAAUGCUGUUAAGAUUAUUGCACAGUCAUAUGAUGGUGCAAGUGUCAUGUCAGGGCAUCUUAAUGGAGUCCAAUCAAAAAUUAAAGACUUUUAUCCAUGUGCUAUUUACACCCACUGCAUGGCACACCAACUAAACUUAAUUGUUGUUGAUACGUGUAAAAAUAUUAAGGUAAGCCUAUGA